AUGUCUGGCGGCAAGUUAUGGCCCGGCGGUACCCCAGCCUCCCUGGUGUCUGUCGAAGAAUUGGAGAACCCAGAGUUCAUCGGCGCAGGCAGGUUCGGGGUGGUGUUCCGGGCGCGACACAGGACGUGGGACUUAGAUGUGGCGGUCAAAAUCUUGAAGGGGGAGGCGAUAUCCAGGGAGGUGAAGGCCAUGGCAAGUCUGCGGAACCAGCACCUACUGCUCCUGCUGGGGGUCACUCAGAAGCUACAGUGGGAAUCCACCUGCGGGCCGGCUCUGGUGACUCAGUUCCUGGAAAAUGGUUCCCUGGCAGGGCUGCUGCAGCCCGGCUGUCCUCGUCCCUGGCCUCUCCUCUGCCGCCUGCUGCGGGAGUUCGUGCUGGGGAUGUGUUACCUGCAUAGCCGGAACCCCGUGCUUCUGCACCGGGACAUCAAGCCCUCCAACGUCCUGCUGGACUCAGACCUGCACGCCAAGCUGGCAGAUUUUGGCCUGUCCACGUUUCAGAGAGGCUCAAGGUCAGGAGUUGGCUCUGGGGAGUCAGCCCCAGCCUACUUGGCCCCAGAACUGUUGGCUGAUGUAAACCGGAACGCCACCAUGGCUAGUGAUGUCUACAGCUUCGGGAUCCUAAUGUGGGCAGUGCUAGCUGGAAGAGAAGCUGAGAUAGUGGCCCAGACAUCGCUGGAGCAGGAAGCAGGGUGUGAGAGGCAGAUCCGGCCCCCGCUGACCAAGCUGCCCCAGCCCAGCCCUGAGACUCCUGGCUUGGAAGGACUGACGGAGUUAAUGCAGCACUGCUGGAGCCAGGAGCCCAAGGACAGGCCCUCCUUCCAAGAAUGCCAACCAAACACCGAGGAAGCCCUCAGUCUGGUAACCAAGGAGAUGGAUGCUGCAGUCUCCAUGGUGAAGAAGUUCCUGUGUGAAAACCGGGGCAGCAACAGGAUGUCGUCUGCGCCUAAGCCAGGCCCAGGAGGGACAGAAACGGAAGGCCCUAGGGGAACCACAGGAAGCCAUGACAUCAUAGCCGCUGAGAUGCUAAACAAACUAAAUCUGAAAGAGUCCGCCAGCUCUGCUCCUAAAAAAUGCACAAACCUUCCUGAGAGGACCAGGGCAUGGGGAGACAAAGUUCAGCCCGCCCAGAUAGCAGGGAUACCUUCCGAUUCAACAGCCCCAUCUCCCCAAACUCCAGAGACCUCACUUUUCACAAAUCGGAUGCCCAGCCCCAACUUGGCUUGGACCCCAGGUCCUGGACCCGAAGGGGAUCAGGGGUCUAAGAGACGUGGCACCAACUGGUCUCCCAGGGCACCAAGGCCCAAUCCAAAACCAGGGAUCCCUGUUAUCAUACGUGACAGCCAUGCGGUGCAGGUGGGAGACAACAACUACUUGGUUAUACAAGAAGGAACUGCCUUGCCCACGCCAGGCCUGGCGCCUUGGGGCCAGGGUCAAGGCAGGCCGCGUGCCCCCCACAAGUAGGUUGGAAAGGAGGGCCGCAAGAACCAAGAAGCCCGGAGCCGGCUGCAGGGCCAGUAUGACGCACCUUCUGAGCUACCUCUUGGAUGUGAGGCAAUUAGCUGAGGCUUUCUGUGAAGGCCAACUGAUUUGUGCACACAGAAGUCAAUAAACGUG